GCUGGAUGUGUUGUUCUCUGGCCGUGUUUGCUGCUGGAUGUGUUGUUCUCUGGCCGUGUUCGCUGCUGGGUGUCAUCAGUUCCUGGCUCCCACAUGUACUGUUGUCGUCCUCACUCCUCACAUAUAUACACCCGGCUCACCUGUGUUGUCUUAGUCACCCUUGAGGAGGAUGGACCUGGUGGAGGUACUCAGGAGCUCCGUGCCCUACUGCCUGGUGGUGGCUCUCCCGCUGCUCAUACUCAUAUCACCUGUACCGGUAGACGCCGCCGCCGAGUUCACCGUCUACCGUCUACAGCAGUAUGACCUACACGGCUCUCCCCAUGGUAGUCGGAGCAGCUUAGUUAAUGUAGAAGCUCGGAGUGUAGACGCAAGCUCUGUAGCACGGCGGUGUGUGCUGGCGCGCCUGGCUGACCUCACUUCCACCCACUACCAGAGGGUGGUCAGUCAAGGCGCUGCAGCUCUACUAAUACUUCUGCCAACAAACUUGACUGCUUUCUCUGAGGACCAGUGCCAGUUUUUGAUAAUGUUACAGCUGGUUCAUGAGGUAGAAGCAGCAAUGUUGGAAGCAGACUCCCAGUUAGCUGUUUAUAUGGCAUAUGAGACACAAGAGCUACUGGACAUGUAUGAAUCUGUGCGUACAGCUACAAACACUGACGGUGCAACAUCAGCUGCAGCGGCCAUGAUGAGUUCCCUGUCUACAGACGGAUACCAAAUAGUUGUUGGUGGGAGCCAGUCCAAGCUCAUGGCAGAUAUGACCAUUGCUAACGUCCAAGGGAAACUAAGUGGAUAUGGCGUGGAAGAACAGCUGCCAACGAUAGCCAUUGUGGCCCACUACGACGCCUUCGGUGCUGCUCCAGAACUAUCAUGGGGAGCAGACAGCAAUGGUUCUGGCGUAGUGAUACUGCUGGAGUUGGCUCGCAUCUUCUCCCGCCUCUAUGCUUCUCCACGAACGCACCCUCGCCUCAACCUGGCCUUCCUGCUCUCUGGAGGUGGCUACAUCAACUACCAGGGAUCAAAGAGGUUUUUAGAAGAUCAUCUAGAUGCUUCUGAUUCUCCCCUGCUCUCUGAAACUCACUACACACUGUGUUUGGACACACUAGGCAGUGAUAAUGCACUGAGGCUUCAUGUAUCCAAGCGACCCAAGGAAAACUCCCCUGGCUACUACUUUUUCCAGGCAUUGGAAGAGGCAGGAGCAGCAGCAGGAGUUACUGUGGAGAUGGUCCACCGCAAGAUCAAUCUCCAGGAAGACACACAGGCUUGGGAACAUGAGAAGUACAGUAUGCGCAGACUCCCAGCCUUCACACUCUCCAGGCUCCCAGGACCCAAGACUGGGGAACGUGGAAGUGUUUUGGACACACCAGAGAAUGUAGACAUAACUGCUUUGACUCGUAACACAGCAUUGGUAGCUACGGCACUUCUUCGUCAUAUCUACAAUACAUCUGUAGAUGGUAUCUUUGAUAAUGGUUUGGCAGUGACCAAGAAAAGUGUAAAAUCAUGGCUGGAUCUGUUGACAUCACAGCCACGGUCUCCUCAGCUGCUGUCAGGGAAAAAUAACCCAUUGGUGUCCACACUUCAACAGAUACUUUCAAGAUACACCAAUGAGGCACGAGUCACCUUCCUGAAAGCUGAUAAGAGGGACCCUGAGUGGGCAUUCUAUGAUGUCACCCGGGCCACUAUGGCUGCCUAUGCUGUCAAACCUGCUGCGUUUGAUUUUCUACUCACAAUGGCUAUCUUAGCAUACCUGGGUGUUAUUUAUGUGUUUCUUCAGUAUUUCCCCAAGAUCUAUGCCAUGAUGGUCAAACUUGCUUCUCCUCACAAGUCAAAGGUUCACUAAGCUCCUCAAGAUGUAUAAUGUAUCUGUGUAAUAUAUUCAAAAUAGCUUGAACUAGCCUUGAAAUUCAAUCAGUAUUUUGUACAAUGUCCUAGUGUUAUCUGCUGUUUUCAGGACAGUUAACUGUAAGUGUAAUUGCCUAUUUCUCACAUUCUUGCCCAGAAUGUCCUUGUGGCUGUCAUAGAGUACAAUGUUUUCACUUGAUAAAGUCAUCUUUGGCAGUGCCUGUGAUUAGACACUGACCAUAGUCACCUUCUUAACUAAUGUUCAUACAAGUUACAUGUUCUCCCUUGAAUGGCCUGAGUAUGUAAAAUACUCUAUAGGAUCCUUAUAAUGUACUGUAUAAGUGGUGUUGACCAAUAGGAAAACAUAUUGUUAUACAGAACAGUACUGCCGUUUAUAACCAACAGUGAUAAAUUUUGUAAGACUAGACAAAUAUGAGGCUCAUCUGUGAACUAACAAACCCAUAGGAGACAGGUAAGUGUAGUACAGUUAUUUACUUACAUUGGUAAACUUGGCUAUUAUAAAUUAUUUUCAUUUCUGUUCCACCUUGUAAGUUAAGGGAAUGCAAUUGAAGAGAUUGAGUUUAUUGAAGAGAAAACUAAUGAAUAGUUAUUACAUCUUGUUAGCCAAAGGGCUUAGAAGCCAUUUUGUGGUGAAGUCAAAUUUACACCAAAUUGCUCAUAUAGAUACAAAAGUAUUUUAUUCUUCAGUUGCUGUAUUAGAUAUUACAUUUUUGCAAGAAUAACCAAAGUUUUAAUGAAAUUGUAUGCCAACUGUAGGGUUGUGUACAGUUGUAACACUUGACAGUAUCUGGCAUCAACUUGUGGUUCAUAGUUGGUGAUUGUUGCUUGUCACUGUAAAUUAUGUCAGAAUUGUAGCAGGAAUAACAAUGUGAAUAAGAAAAGUCUGAUAACACUGUGAAUAAGAAAAGUCUGCAUAAACAAGUACAAAACAUUCAGUGAAUACAGCACCUUAUGUUCACUACACCACCCUACACCUCAUGUUCACUGUACACCACCCUCCUACUCAUGUUCACUGUACACCACCCUACACCUCA